CUCCAUUACGGAAAAGGGCGUGGAUUUAAAUGAAAUAAAAAACUGCUCGUUUGCAACCUCUGACUUGUCUUCCUAAAUCUGUGCAGCUAAAGAACCUCGUUUUUAGCGACAAUAUGAGUUUCCCAGGGUAUGGUGCUCCCGCUGGCGGUUAUGCAGGAGGGUUUCCUGGAGGAUUCCCCGGCCAGCAGCAGGAUCCUCUCUUUGGAUACUUCUCUGCCAUCGCUGGCCAGGAUGGACAGAUAUCUGCUGAGGAGCUCCAGGUCUGUUUAACCCAGGCAAACUUCUCUGGAGGAUACAAACCUUUCAACUUGGAGACUUGCAGGCUGAUGAUCGGCAUGCUUGAUCGUGAUAUGUCCGGCACAAUGGGCUUUCCUGAGUUUAAGGAACUAUGGGCGGUGAUUAAUGGCUGGAAGCAGCACUUCAUGUCUAUCGACAAAGACAGGAGCGGGACAGUUGACCCACAAGAAAUGCACCAAGCCGUUUCCUCUAUGGGCUACAGGCUGAGUCCUCAAGCCAUGAAUUGCAUCGUCAAGCGCUACAGCACUCAGGGAAAGAUCACCUUUGAUGAUUAUGUUGCGUGUUGUGUCAAACUGAGGGCCCUGACUGAUAUUUUUCGCAGAAGGGAUCAAGGGCAAAAUGGAACUGCUUCAUUUCAGUAUGAUGACUUUAUCCAGUGCACUAUGAGCACCUGAGGGGAAAUCUCUGGAAGAAGAAAUCUGCCAUAUUCCAGCAAGUUAUAAUGAAAUCUCUA